GGUAUUCUUGGACUGUUAUGCAGAGGAGAUGCACCGCGCAGUCGCCUACGGUGCGAUCAAAUCCGUCGUGCAGCGGUGCGUGACUACGCAACCGAUUCGCGCAUAAGCGACGCACCGGUGUGCAGGGCGGCUGGCAGUGCGAGUGCGUGAAAUUUGAACAGCAAGAAGGUGCCGUCGAUGACAUGAAGAAGAAGUGACUACCGGUUGGGUCUUUGGUUGCGGUGUGCGAUGGUCGACGCGAAGCACGCUUAAUAAAAAACAAAUGCGCACGAUGACCGAAAAGCGCAGCACCAACGGCGACGGACGCGGCAACAAGUAGUGAAUGAACAGACAUAAACAUAAAAAGCAUAAUAACAGUGAAAAUCUAAACAACAUAAAAAGAAGUGAACCCGACACAGCAAGAAAAAGGGAAAUUUGAAGCCGCGGCCACGAAACAAAGGCAACCAUCAUCGGGGGACGACAGCAUCGGAGAGUCGGUGCGGCGACGGAUCAUGUUCUAGGAAUAACGCGCACUCGCAGUAACUCUCCCUAUCGGAGAACACGAUCUUCCUUGCGGUUGAAUGGUUCUCCGAGGGUCGCGUUUAAUCCCGGAAUGGACUUAGACAACAGACUUUUCGACAAUAACGGCGACGGCGGCGGUCAUAACAAUAAAAGUGCUAACAAGUUUCAAAGUGUUGAUUUUGGUCCCGUUUUGGUGUGUGCUGCUGCUGCUGGGAGCAAACAAGCAUCAUAACUCGCUCCAAUUGACGACGGUGUUCGGACAUUGGACGAUCGCGACAAGAUUAGUCGCCUUUUUAGUCGCUGCAAAUAAUGCGAAGUGAAUGAUUUGAAAAACAAAAAACUGAAGCAAGAGAAGAGAAGUAGUGCAGUGGACAGCAGUGACGACGUGCGACCGCGCCAGGCUAGGAGAGUGGCAGUGUGGAUGGUGCCAAUGGUCCUGUCGAGGCUUGUCUAGUGCAGACGCGCGAAGAGGAAGCCGGUAGUGAUGGAACCGAGAGUGAUAUUUUUGAAGCCGAAGAAUAGCAGAAGUGGUAGUUUGAUCGAUAAAGAACCAACCAAUUCUUCCUCGCAGUUGGCAGCAGUGACUAGUGCCAGUCUUCUUGCCAACAACAGUAGCACCAACACCGCCGCCAGCCCCCGCGACGACAUCGACAGCAACGACUUGGGAACCGUUGACCAGACCGUCACGAGUAUGGACCAGCUGAACAAUGUGGUGACAACGACGACGACAGUGACUGCCAUCGCCAGCACCGUGCACCAGUCGACCGGAGGAUCGACAACCGGGAUCCUCAUCAGCAGUAACAGCAUCAGCAAAGUAGUGCCACCAGCGUUCUCACGGUUGCCACCGGACGGGCAUGAGUUUCCUCCAAACUUCAGCGAACCGACACCGAACGGGAUGACCGUCGUUACACAGUCGCAGACAGUGGUCGGGUCAGCGAUGGCGCUGGCCAAAGGAGAUAAACAUUCCAGCUACGACGACAUUCCGGACUUGCCGAAAAGCCACCCACCAGCAGUACCUCGCAAAGUUUUCCGCCAGGAUCUGGUCCUGAAAACGCUGGAUCAAACACUCCCGGAACAAACCACCUUCAAGAAACCGCCCAUUUUCCCGUCGCCCGUGCGUAGCAACUCGGUGAUCGCGUCGUCAGAGAAUUCCCCAGCCACAUUUCCGCUCCAGCGAGAGGAGUCCCGCCGCCGAUCAUUCGACAUUCACGAAAUCAACAAACCUCCGUCCAGGAUAAGCCUGGUCGGGUCCAACUGGCGCAAGGACGAAAAGUCAGAACGAAGCGUUCGCGACAAGAUUGCCAUGUUCUCGAAUGGUCCCGGUGGAGGAGGAGGGUCAGGCGGGAUUUCCGAGAACGAAGGCCAUCCCACUCUGCGUAAGUAUAGUAAGGAUUUCACCAAGAGUUCUGAGAAUCUGCUGGGUUCAGGCGAAAGUGGAUUCAGUCGAAAGGCUGUAGAUCCGAUCGAGGCGUACGCCACUCUGAGAAAGAAAGCCCAUAGUGUUGAGAACCUGGACGAAGUGGAUAGCGUUCAGACUGGCUCGGAAUUCAGAACAGUGGAGACCGGAGUGUACAAGACCAAGUUCGGACUGGAAACAUCGAAACCUGUGGUAUUAGGAAAGGCUUACAGCGUUGAAAACUUGAACCCAUCCAAUGGAUCAAGCGUUUCUAACGGGGAUGUCAAAUUAGAUACCGGAGGAUUGUUUGGUAAUACCAAGAACCUCUCGAGGACAACCAGCUUUUCUGGGUACUCAAACGGAAACAGUCUUGCGACGAUCAGCAAUAACGUGGAAGAAAGAAGGAAGUCGUCUAUCACAAGUCUACUCGAGCAACGAAAGAAGUCCAUGUCCAAGCUGCGUGGAUUGGUUAUCCCUGAAAAAGUUCCAGAAACCGAAGUGCUACCGGACUCCAAGAUCAUCGGACUGCCAAUCAUCAAGAGCAAAGACUCGGAGAAGAUCCUCUCGUCGAACGUACUUAACAAAGUUCCAGACAGUUUGUACAAUCGUAAAACGGCAACACUCCCCACGCCUGCCAAAUCGAGUGCAAGCUCAUUCCAACCGAUGAUUGCGCCCAAGCCAACUACCCCAGAACUCGGUGGCACUUACAAGAGCAUUUUCCGAAACCUGAACGGUGCAUCGCCCAAGGCGGACUUAAAAACCGAGCUGGACGAACAAGGCUUUCGGCGGCCUAUGGGACUCGUCCCGCCAGCGAAACCUCCACGCACAUCUCUCGUUUAUCCACCACCAAAGGGCAUGGAUCAGCGCAGUCUAACGACGGAGGAUGAAAGCGACGACAGCGAUUCGGUGAUGAGUUCACGCGUCUCUUCGCCUCCGGUAUCUCCAGUGGCACCUUCCUCACCCGAAAAGUACGUUCUCACGCGAACACUCAGCUCCGAGACGAACACCUCGAUCACAAGCUCAAAUUCGACGUUGACGUCGAGCUCCGGAUCGCAAGCGAGCUGCAGUUCGGUUGGAAGUACUCCUGCCAUCGAUAUGAGUCGCCGCAUUUCCAAAUCAUCUUCAAAUGAAAUGACAAUGAACAGGAAGAAUGUUCUGGCCUCGGCAAAGAGUCGUAGCGGACGCGGCGACCUGAAAAUCGAGGAUGCUGCGAAUGGAAAAGCAAAGCGGUACGAAGAUGGUGAUAGUACUGAUGGUUAUGAGGAAGAGGAGAGACGAAAGUCCAAGAGCAAACCGAGGGGAUCGAUUGGAAGCGUCAAGUCGAGCGGUUACGAAGAAAAAGAGCUGACUCACUACAAGGUGGUGGAUACGGUAGACAGUAUUGUAGAUAAGGUGAUCAAGGUUGCUUCCUACGUUGAAGUGGUGUCCGAUGUUGAAGAGGAUGCAAGCGUAGAGACAGAAGUAGUCGUUCCUAUGCAGAAACCGGUAGAAGCCAUCAAGGAGAAAAUCGGUUUUGCUGCCACUAAGAGUGUAUCCGUAGACAGUGGGUCACCAAACUCAAUGACGGACCUAGCUAAGUGGGUUCGUCAUGAAGCCGCUAAGGCAAUUGUUGCCAAGGAAGUGGAAACGCCGGCUAGACCGGACGUGAAGAAGUUCGCACGAUCCUUCUCGGAACAGAUUUCCAAAGCCGCUGAAGAGAUACAAACUCCUACGAAACGUGAAUUGCGAUCGUCGGUGGACACAAAGAAGCUCAAUCUGGCUGAAAUUCGGAAAUCAUUCGAAGCCAAGUCGAACAGCAGCACGGUAGUCCCUGCUCCGGUGAAGAGCGUACCGAAAGAAAGCACUGCACCGGUCGCCAAAUCCACUCCAGCUCCCACCGUGAACAGCAGUAACCACGAUCGUUUCUCGUCCUGGGACUCUCUGGCGUCGUCGUCGUCCGGAGUUUCGUCACUGCAAACCAACAGCAUGCUGGGCAACGCGGUGGUCAACUGUUCCGGGUCGUCCCAAACGUUGCAAAGCACCCCCUCGGAUUACGGCAGCUUCUCGUCGCUGGGAAGCAGCCAUAGUCUGAUCACACCGCAAGAUCUGCAACUGAUCAUUGAAGAAGCGCACCCACCACUGGCGACACCGGAAGCCUUCGUCAUUGUGCUUCAACGAGAGACGCCAGAGUCGAGCAUCGGCAUCACCCUGGCCGGUGGUUCGGAUUACGAAGCGAAGGAGAUUACGAUUCACAAGAUACUAAAUAACUCCCCGGCGGAGAAAGAUGGAAGAUUGCGGCGAGGGGAUCGCAUUCUUUCCAUCAACGGACUGAGCAUGCGCGGAUUGACUCAUAGAGAAUCGCUAAGUGUACUUAAGACACCUCGUCCAGAAGUGGUCAUGGUGAUAACCCGGUCCAAAUCACUCGUCAUCGACAACAGCACACUCUCCAAAACGAAGAGGCCAUCGCUGGGAUCGCUCAGCUCAUUGGCCGAGAAAAACGAAAUUCCCGAUUACGAGAGGAAGAUCAAGAUCCAGCACAAAGCGUCACGAUCACUUGAUCUAGAUCUGGAUAUGGUUUCCAAUGAAGCGGAAAGUGUUUUUGACGGAACCGCUUCCGAAGAUGGUCUGCUCUCAGCUGACGAGUCAAAAUGUUCCUCGAUCACUCCUGCUAGUGAUGAAAUCACCUCGCACAUCGAGGGCAGCCGGGUCGUGGAAAUACUAAAAGACGGUGCUGGUCUUGGGUUUUCUAUUGAAGGUGGAUUCGAUUCGCCUACUGGAAACAAGCCUUUGAUGAUCAAGAAGAUCUUCAUGGGUGGCGCUGCGGAGAAAUCCGGCUUGCUCAGGGCCGGCGAAGAAAUUGUUGCCAUUAAUGACAUUUCAAUCGAGCGCAUGACUCGGAUACAAGUCUGGAACAUGAUGAAGAAGCUCCCGAACGGUAACGUCCGGAUCAUGUUCAAGUGAUUUUAUGCACUAGCCGAGUGAUUGGGUGUAUACAAAAAGAGAUCGAGGCCGAGAUAGAUAGACAGAAAGAAAGAGAGAGCGAGCCGUACUUUUUCUACUCGUUACGUUUUGCUAUACAUUUAUAUUAUCUAUAGGAAAACUAUGCUAGUUCAAUAAGGCAGAAUGUAAUUCGCGCCAAGCGAUUCAAUUCAGCAGCAAUAAUAAUCAAAUUAUUAUCUCUAUUUUUUCGUAUAAAACUCAAGCUUUUUUUAAUCUCUAGUGUUAGAUAAAUUGUUGAUUGUAUAUUUUUUAUUUUUGCUUUAUUUCGGAGUUCUGUAUACAAAAAAAAACUUUAUUUAUAUAUACUUUUUGGGGAGCGUCCUAAUCCAAUUGAAACAUAUUGGAUCGGAUACGCAAAUAAAACACAAUUUAGACUGAUCUGUGUAUAAAAAUGGAGCAAAAAUCUGGGUAACGUAUCUGUGAAAAAGAACUAAAUUCAAAACAAAUCGAGACAAGCAAUCAUGAUUGUUUUUAGUUUAAGUAAAAAUCGAAUGCGCGAGCAAGCGGGAAUGAACGAAAUACAAUGGUAUCGUACUAACUGUAGCACUAAGAGUAUAGCCUAGCAUUAUAGGAAAGUUAUCGAAUACUGGGCCCUGCCAAUCGGCUGCUAGUGGGAUACAAAAACAUGCAAUGUUUCCGAACACGAACCUUCUUCUUGCCCGCCCCAUUUUUUGUUUGGUCGUCUGCUUGCUAGUACAAUAGCAACGUUACAACAGAUUAACUAUUACACUUAUUUUAAUCGGGCUCUAAAAUAUUGUUUUUAUUCUUAGCGUGUAUUUGCUGAAAGCCUAAAUUAGUCACGCUGUGCUGCUUGUUUCUAAUCCUCCCUUAUUAGUUUUUUUGUUUUGAUUUUUGCAUUUUAUUUUUAGUCCUGUAGAUAUUUAUCGAUGAUCAAUAAAGGAAAAAUCCGUUUAAACAAAA